AUGCCCAAUUCCGGUUGCGAGUACUACGAUCCAGUUGAAGGGGAAUGCGGCAGAACUUGCGCGCAAAACAGCACCUACUGCGACAGCCGUAAGAGAAUGAAUUCACAGGCUAUGGACUUCACUGACAAGCCAUCCAUCAGACGAAGGAAGGCUGCCAUGAGCAGAAAACGAAGAAUCGCUACGGGAUUAAUCUUGAGCCGUACUGUGUUUCGCAUGUCUGAGGUAUCGAUUCGGGGGCAGCGUGUGUCGCGUGGAUCUGGCGAAGUUGAAUAG